GCUCUUUCAAUCCUGGGCGGUUGCCUUCUUUGCAGAGCUCUCUGAUUGAGGUCCCUUUCCCACCGUCAGACCCUUCUUCUUGCCAGCACCACCACUCUUUUGUAUUAUUUCCACAUUCAUUUUCUUCUUCGACUCCCAUCACAUUACAACGCAGCCGGCGAGCUCUACCCUCCAUGGAAUAAACCAAGCGUAGCGCAGGAUAUUAAUCGACUCGGCGAAGAUGGAGAAGGACUUGCGUUUGCGCCUUGUGGUUCGGCGCCACGCCGUGCCCGAUGUCAAGCUUCUCUGGAACGUCACCGCCACCGAUGACCUCACCAUCUCGAAGCUCCUCGCUCUGGUCAACGAUGUCGUUCCCCUCGAGAGCGGCGAAUGGGGCCUGGAGGACUACGCCGUUGAGCUUAAGGAUGGCUCUGGCGACGGCUUCGAAUGCGUCCACUAUCACCUUGUCUACAAGGUACUUAAGGACGAUGAUCAAGUCAUCAUUCGCCCCCUCCUGACCGGCGACCUGAAAAGACGGCGACUCAGCGGGCGACACCAGAUUUCCGCCGACGGAAAGCACCUUGUCGACGGUCUCGCCUUCGGGCGCCCCUGGCUCAGAGCCCCCCGAGACCGCCCUACUGUCAGUCUUCCCCCGAGAAAGAAGGCUCGAAUCACAUACGUCAGCGAAGAUGAAGAAGGCUCCCCUUCUGAGGCCGAGGCAGAGCGGCCGAUGCUGGAGUACGAAUCCACAAGAGCACAGGAGGAUCCCUCGAGCGUCCAACUCCGCACGCGGUUCUACGAUGCAGAUCUAAGCAGCGACUCUGAGGCAAGCGAGGACGACUUUGAGCCUGCCGCCGCCGACGAUGACGAUGAGGGCAUGGACUCGGAUAAUGAUGACAUUCAGGAUGAGCUCCGUUUGCUUCGAGAAGACAAUGCCGCCGUUAGAGAAGGCGAUAUCCUCGAAGAGCUGCGAAACAUUAGAGACAGGAGAGCAUCCAGUGGAACCGCCAGUAGCAGGCGCUCGUUGGAGACGUCUGAUGACUCUCCACUACCGUCAGCGAGCAAUGCGCUAGUCAGAUCUGGAGGAAGGUCAAAUAGGUUCCAGCUAAACUUGGACACGCUCGACAAGAUUGCUGCACUGAGAGCCGCGUUCCCUAGCGCUCAGGUCUCGACGAUCGAAAGGGCGCUGUUGAGAUACGGCGCCAACUUCGCCAGAGUAUAUCGCAAACUGAAUAAGACAUUCGAAUCCCGUCUCAGCCUCCAGCAGACUUUGGAUCAUCAGGCGAGGAGUCUGUCCAGCAGUCCAAUCCGACACGCGAACUCGAGCACGGGGCGUGAGCUCGUUCUCCGGGAAUCGAGUCCACUUGCUCGGUCCUCUCACGCCACAUCCCAUGACCAGGAUGAAGAUGAGGAAGAGGAGGAGGAUAGCGAUGAACCCUCAGAGACCCUGAACCAUAAUGCGUACGCCGAUCAUGCUUCGAUUGGCAGUGACGAAACCUCAACUUCGGACUCCGAAUCAGGUUCCGAUCGCGCAAUAUCUGAGUCUGAUGAGGAGAUGGGCAACGCUUCCGAAAAUGAUACAGUUGCCUCUUCUUCCGACGACGAAUCCGACAGCGAAUCGAGUGAAGCGGGGGCCGGUGGGCCUAUUGCGGAUGAAGACGAUUCAGACUCGGCCGACGAAGAAGCCUCGAGCUCAGACGACGAAUCGAGCUCCGACAUUUCAUCCAGCGAUGAGUCAAGUGUGGCAUCUGCAAAAGACCGGUUGUCCGCGAAACAGGCCGCGGUCUUCGAGGUCUCAUCCGAUUCAUCGUCAGAUUCAUCUUCAGACGACAGCAGCAGCGAAGAUUCUAGCUCGGAUUCCGAACCUGAGGAGCUUCCCAGCAAGACCCUCUCUACCCAACGGAUUCGUUUUGAACCCAACGAAACCCAGGAGCUGCAACAAGCAGCACCAGUCGCCGCAGCCCAGACCAAGCAAGAUCAGCCCGAUGUGCCUCCUGGUCAGGGAUUGAGCAAGACGCAAAAAAGAAAUGCGAGGCGCAAACUUGCCAAGAAAAUGGCCGGCCAGAAGAGGUCCCCAUCGGCUCAGAAUAGCGAAGAGUUCUCCCCAGCGGAGAUGUCUGAGAUGCAGGCAGCAUUCUUGGCAAGAAAGCAAGCCUUACUGAACGCUAUUGCAUCCGACGGCCCAGCUGAGACUAGCCAAGAGAAGUCCCUUGAGGUACCCGACUCUGCACCUCAAGAUGUGGGAACAUCAAUUGCUGAUGCCGACAUGAUGGAGACUUCACAGAGCCCUGUCGCGCAAGAAGCUGCCUCUCAGCGGCGCAUGAAGCCCAAUGUUGGAGCUGCCCGCCGCAUGCUCAUGGGAUCUUUGGGGCUCAAGAACCCGAAAAACAAGGCUGACGAAGACAAGAUUCGUCAAGAUCUGAUGAAGGGUGUCCGGCCUCACACCAACGCUCGUCUGUCAGAAGGGGCUUCUCAGCCUAGCGAAUCCGCACAGAUCCAAGAAUCGGUACAGGAAGACCCCGAAGCCUGGCGCGAGAAAAUCGCUUACCGAGCCGUAGAAUGCUGCCACGACGGGGUCGAGCUGUCCGAACCGCCCUUCCCUUUUGUCCAGCGUUGGGACCCCCAACAGCAGGUGGAAGAAUGGUUCGGUUCGAAGAAUAAGCGCGGGGGCAAGCGUAAGCGCGUACAGCGCGAUCAAGCUCAAUAUCACGAAAAUGCCGACUCUCAAUCGUCGAAGAAGCGUCGCGUAACCGAUGACAGUUUUGGUGUGACCUUCUCCGACGCGAUUGAGUCUGCUCAAGAGGGAGACACGACACUCAAUUACGACGAUUCGUCUGACGAUCCACCAGCACUCAAGAAACCAGCUGAAGAAAGCCAGGCGACGGACAUUGACGAUCUCCCUUCACUUCCAUCCGAUCUGUCCACUCUUCCGGACCUUCGCCCAGGAGAAGCCAAACUAGGCAUGGUUGUCACUUGGAAGCAACUGGUCUUGUCAUCACAAACCAACUGGCAACCCCAAGUAGUGAGCUUGACCGGCGUUCUAGUCAGGAUCUAUGAUGAGGACGCAUCCGAUCUUGAAUUUAUAUUGGCUCAUCGUGAUCGAGGCGUGGAUCGGACCGAGAAGACCUACGACGAAGAGACUGGGGAGAGAGUUUACGAUCGCUUUGAAGCCCCCGAUGACGACGAGGAUGAUGAGGAUGCAGAAAAUGAACUCGAAGAAGGACAUCGACGCGUGAAAUAUCUGGAACUGAUCGAGCCCAAGAUUGUGCAGUUUCCUCUGGAAGAUGACACAAAACAGGGCGAAAACGAAAAAUCGGGCGCCUCGGAGGGCGAAAGUGGCCCUACAGACAGCGUCAUUCACGAAACCAUAUACGACGGCCAAAGCCAGCCGUCUCAGGUUAAUGGAGAAAUUUCCGGUCAGUCCGAGGUGGGUGAAGUUGGAAGUCAGUCAAAAGUCGAUGCAAAGGGAGGUCGAGCCAGGGCUAAUACGGAUGAACAACAGCCUCAAGUCGUCGUGGGUAGUGACCCUCAUCUUGAUGCAUCCGCGGACGGCGAUGAUUCUAAUCAACUCGAUACACACUUGAAGGGUGAUGACAACAAUACGGACGAAAGCGAUGUGCCCACCCCGCGAGCCAAAAGCCAAUCGAAAGACGAUAAUACGGUGCCGACAACAGAAGACGACUCUCAAAACUCCAAUGGCAAUGCCCUCUCCAUCUCAUCGGAUCGUCGUCAUGAGAUCAGCAUCAUGAUCGAAGAAGCAGGCUUUCGCAAAGAUGUGUCACCGUCAGUCAGUCGUCACAAAACAAGCAGCCCAUCCCGCCAGUUGCUCGACCAGCUGCAAGCUGCCAAUACACCCCGAGUCAUUUCAAAGUCCCCGCUGUCCCAAGACAGCGUUGCGAAGAACGUUGCGCCAGCGCCGGAUAAUAGCGGAGAUGCGGCUACUAAACUUGCCGCUGAAGAGGUCAUUCCGCCGCCCUCAUCUGUGAGUAGCAUUCGCAGUGGUCGGCAACUCGACCCGGAUGACUUUAGCUUCAAUAUGGGAGGCGACGACACCCAGAUGAUGAGCGACGCUGGUCAUGGUUCCCCUUCUGUGGAUGCAUCGACUCCGAGAGCUCAGGUCCGCACGCCAACCAGAGAUAAUGACACACCUGAGCCAAACUCCGGCGACAAGUCGUCUCUUCCGUCACUGGAGAGCCUGUUCAAGACGGCUUCGCAGCGAAAUUCGCAGAAGAACACACAGAGCCAAAUCAAGUACCAGGUAUUGUCGGCGACAGAGUCACGGAAGUCCAUUGUUUCUCGCAAUGAAGAAUACGACGCCGCCAUGCGCCAAAUCGACGAGGCUAAUGAAGACGGUGAAAUCGAGGUAGAAGAAGAUGAGUCGCCCAAUGAACUUGGGAAGACACGGAAGAAAUUGUUCCCCAACUCGAGCCAGCCAGAUGGAGUGACUCUCUCUGAGUCGCCAGACUUGCCGGAUCUCAAGCCGACUAAGUCAGUGCCCUCAUCACUCGUCGAGGUGGAGGACAUCAAGCCCCGUCGACUACGUGAGCGGGUCCGGACAGCCUCUCCAUUUGUGGUUCCUCCUGGAUCGCAGGUAGUUACAUUAUCCUCGAGCCCGCCUAGCUCGCCGCUGGAGGAGAAUUACGCGGAAGACGAUGUUGACGAGGACUAUGAGGGGAACAACAGCAGCAGUCUUCCGCGUGGAUCCGGCUGGGUGCAGAAAAGCAAGCCCGCCAAGGCCAACCCGCGGGCGAAGAGUGUGCCGGCAGCGAGAGGCACGGCCAAGACGGCGACUGCGGGUAGAUCCGUUCCGUCGAGCUCGAUGCCCGCGAGAUCCGCCGCAAAGGGGAAGGGGCCACGCAAGUCAUCGGCAAGGUUUUAG